AUGACAACUCGCCUGAAGCCAGACUUCGACCAGAACUAUCAUGAUCUCCCCUGCCCUGCCCAUAUCGCUUUCGCCGUUGCCGUGGUCCGAUCGAAACCACCCCAAUCGUCCAUAGAAGAAUACCUCGAGGAACUUCGUCAGGCCAUUGUGACUCGGUCCCACGAACCCUCCAUGACGACUCUUGACUUUGACGCAGCGAUGUACUGGAAAAGUUCCUAUCACAAGGCCGAGACAGAGCGGUUGAAGGUGGCCAAUGAGCUGGAUCGGCUGAGAAAAGAGAGAGAUUCUCUUCUGGCGGGUGAGGAAGACCAGCUUUCGAAACGACAGUCAGCUGUUGGCAAACGCAAACGAGAGACUUCGGCGGUGUCGGUGAGAAAGGCCCAGCCAGCAGCCAAACAGCAAAAAGCCAGUCUAGACCUCGGAAAUGACGAUAGUGAAUUGGAAAUCGACAGUCUCAAUAUACCUCUCACAGAUCGUCAAUCAUGGCUUCAUGGCUUCAUAUCCCUCCGUCACAGUCUGCGUCUAUCAGAUCCUGAUCAAGAUAUCCUUACGAAUUCCAUCAAAGCUGCUGCGAUUCCCGUCACCAGGUUACUUCGGAAGCGGCUGCGCGCAACACGAAAGACUUCCGCCAAGCAGGAAGACCAAUCAGUCAAAGACCUUUGUGUGGCUUUCAGGAAUGUCUACCCAUCAAUUCUGAAGGCUCUGGAAUGCAUCAAGCCACUGACAGGCGAGGACGGUGAAGAGUAUUACCCAGCUCAUCCCGACCUGGUCAGGGCAUUUCAAGCCUUUCUGGGACAGCUCCACAAGCUCGCUUUGGAUGAAUACACCAGACAAGAGCAAGAAGUCAAGUCGAAGCGACGAGGGUCUGCUCACACGCAUGAAAGCUUCGCACUGUCGAGUGAACCAGCCGUCGCCGAGGCUAAGGAGAUAGUUCGGACGCUGAUGAAGAUGAUAAAAGUGCUCGACGUCGCCAACGAUGCCCACUGUGAACUCCUGGAAGGAUACUUGUGCACUCUUCUAGACCAUGUUGGCUCAUCCUUGUCGCUUCUGGUCUUUGCGGACUUGACCGGGGCGAGCAAAAAAGGGCCAGGUCUGCUUGCACCACAGGGUUUGCUGGAUGUUGCGCAUCUUGACGCGAAGUCUGCAACAGGUACAGCUACAAUUGAAGGGCCAUACAUUAUCUGGAUUUUGCGCAAGUCUGUGGAAUUUUUGCUUGCAAACACCAAACACAUGUCUGAAAAGUCCCAGCUCAUUUUCACAUUGCAGCAGUCCAACUCGAAGGAGAUCGCUCAGGGCAAAAGUCUUCGUCGGCGAAUUGAAGAAACGCUUCAAAAUACCCUUCUUCGAGGUGUUUUUGGGGAUGAUGACGACACUUUCGACAACUCUCUGAGGCGUGAGGAGGAAGAGGAAGAGGAUGUAGAUUUGACAAAACUGGUGGAGGGGAUCAGGGAGAAAGAAUGCUCCCCGGAAUGGUUCAUUGGAGAGGUCUGGGCACAUCUGGGCUGGGAUAUCUUAUCUGGAAGGAGGAAUGUUUGA